AUGGGCAACUUAGCGAAAGGCGCGUCCUCGUUAGUCGGGUCCCCGGCAUUAGUCGCCGCGAUGCUUUCCUUCACAAUCGCGCAAAUCUGUAAAGUGUUCACGCAUUACCACACGCACGGGAAAGUCGAUUGGGGACGACUGGUCGGGAGUGGAGGCAUGCCUUCGUCGCACACGGCGUUAGUGGUCGGGUUGACCACGGCGAUAGGAUUGAAAGACGCGUUAGAUUCGAGCAUAUUUGCGUUGUGUUUGGUGUUUUCACUGGUGGUAAGCGUUUCGUUGUGA